AUGAACUCUGGAGAAGGCAGUAAUGCAAAUGGCGGUGGGUCAUCAACCUCAGCCCCACGUCUCUCCCGCAACAGCCGUUCAUUUAUGCAUAAAAAAUUACAAAAAGGAUCAAAGAAGGAAGAUGGUGAGAAAAACAAGUAUCAGAAGGCAGCAGCAGCUAAAUAUCAGCGUUCACUGCAGUGUCUUACAACCUUUGACUGUCCUGUUUGUCGCAUGUCGAACAGUGUGCGGGUUGAUUUAAAUACAAAAGAACGAGAAGCUGUUGUUCGCUGUACAUAUUGUAUGUCUCUACGACCACGACCAGUUGAUUUACCAUAUCCGUAUACUACACCAUUUGUACCAAAACUUGAGAACCGCGCAGAUGUAUUUUUCAAGUUCAAUGAACUCUACCGUGGAAUAGAGAAGAAGGUGCAUUCUAGUGUUAAUAAUAUCCCAACUACCGGUGAGGGAAAUGAUGAUGAUGAUGAUGAGGUUCUUGACAGUGGAGUCUACACUGGUGAUGGGGUAUUGGCUAUUUCUUCCAAUAUUUUGGCGACAGCGGCUUCUACUUCGGCUCCAGAGAAUAUGGGUGAUAAAAUGGCCGAAGCAGAGAUGAAUAAAGAUGGAGAGGAAAAAGAAGAAGAAGAAGAGGCGGAAGAGAAGGAUGAUGAAGGUGAAGUGGCGGAUGUGCAUGCUUUUUUUGGUGAUAGUGAUGAAGAUUGA